AUGGAAAAUAUGUCACGCGUAUUCCAACAUGCUACUAAUAUACUUGGAUAUACGAGUUCAAUAAUUAUUGGUCUGUAUCAGUCCAAGGUGAAUAACAGAUUCUUUUUCAAUAGAAUUGAAAAUUGUUCGUUCUUCUUAAAUAAGCUCACUAUAUAUUGUAGUUUUAUCAUACUUAUCCCUUCGUCUUCCAUCAAUCACGCUCGUGGUAUGUAAUUAUAGUCUGAAUUCUGUGGAAGAGAACAAAUUACAAUACCACGGAAUUUUUUAAACUUCAAUUUUCUAAAUCGAAGAUACGAAUUAAUAAGAUCAUAAAUACAAGUAAUGAAUUAUAUACCAGAAUAUUUAUUUAAAAUAAUUGUUCGAACAUACAUAUUUUCUUUAGUCGAAUAUUUCAAUCGGAUGAUAAUUAUUCGUUAUUCGUAAUAACUUAUUCUCUCUAUUUGUUCGAAUAUUUUAUUUGAAUGAAUUUUUCGUAUAAUAAUGUAAAUAAUUAUUAUUUCUGUUCUAAAUUUUCGUGAAUAUAUGCGUUCGGUCACAUAUGCGUAAACGCGUAAUAUUUGAAAAAAAACUUUAUUUUAAAUGUGAAAAGAAUCGUGCAAUUCCACAUUUUUCAAAUCUUGAAUAAAUGAAUAAUCUUUCUUCGUGUUUGAUAUGAUAUAAUUAAAUAAAUAUAACAAUGAUAGCUUAUUCUUCUUAUUCAAAUAAAUCUGUAUCUGAGUGCAUUAUACGAACGAGUAUGCGAAUACUUAUUUUAUUCAGUAGUGGCAAAUAAAAAAAAUUUUUUUUUUUGUUAAUUUUGCACCUCAUCUAUCAUCUGAAUAAAAUUUUGCCCAACACAUAGCUUACCAAACAAGAUUGUAAAGAAAACCGUAAGGCAAGGGAUAUAAUUAAUUACUUUCAUUAAUUAAUUACUUUUCUAUUCAGAAUGUAUUGACAAUGGAAAAACAGAUCGACGAAGUCGACGAAAUUUUGAAGAAAUUGGGAACCAAAAUCGAUUACAGCGAUUUGUUUCGUCACGUGAAAAUCGUAGGGUCUCUUUGGAUACUAAUUGCGCUCAUAAUAUGCGGAAUGUGCACCGAACGGAUAAUCAAUAGAAAUACAUUCUUUAGUCUACCAGUAGAAAUAUUGAUUAUUUUCAAUUUCUUCUACAUGACGAACACGCAGUCGAUUGUUUUGUACGACUACAACACAGUUAUAUUGUACGUGAACAAUAAAAGUAAUAAUUAA